AUGCGUUCAGGGACCGACGAGUUACACAUCGCGUUAGUCAUCCUCGUCGCUGCUGACCGCUUAGUGCCAUUCCUCCUAUCAGCCUCCGAAUCCGAUCCCGAUCCAGUCCCCGACCCAGAAUCUGAACCGGACCCUGAAGAAGAACUUCCAGAAGAACUGCCCGAACUCGAUCCUGACCCCGACCCCGACGAUGAUGAACCAGAUCCGGACUCGCUUCCAGACGAUGAGACCUUGCGCGGUCUUCCUCCUGGUCCUCUUGAUGGCGGUGGUAUUCCUGCUCCUAAUCCAGCUGCUGAUCCCUGCGCUAGAGCCGGUGAUGAAGUCGUCGGCGCCGCUGACUUUACAACAGCACGAGCGGACGGUGGAGGUGGCAUAUUGAUACGUGGCCGUCCUCUCGGCUUCCCCGUUCCCGCUGUCUUCUGUCCUCCUGCUCCGUCAGCUCCAGGUUUCGUGGCCAUCAAAGACGAUGACGACGAUGACGACGACGGCAAUGAUGGAGGGGGUAACGCCGGUGACGAGAACGCAUUCGGAGUCACUGCGGGCGGAAUAAUCACCGGCGUCAACACCUCCUCCAUCUCCUCGUCCUCAUCAUCCUCAUCAUCUCCUUGCUCCCCAUCCUGCAUAUCCUCAUCGCCACCCCCGCCAAUAUCAUUAAACACGUUCUCAAACUCCUUCUCAAACUCCAUCAAAUCCUCAUCCAGAACAUCGUCGUCCUGAUUCUGAGUGCCGUCAAUGUUGCCCGCGUUGCCCGCACCACCACUACCACCAUCACCCUGACGGCCUGUAAUAGCCGCUGAAGAGGACGAGGCUGCAGAGGCCGAUGCAGCAGUCGGCGGUGCCUUUUGGUUGUCUAUCCGUCCGACAUUCCGUCGAAUGUUGCUGCUAUUACUGUUGAUGUUACCGCUGGUGUUGGGCAGGAGCGGUGUCGUCGCCGCAGAAUUCGGCAUCGGAGAAGAAACCGGGGCGUUGGGAUCAUAUUUACUCUGCGGCAACAGAAUCGUGUGCUGCUUCGGAUCCUUAUGCUUCCGGUUCUGGAUAAACGAAAACGCUGCGUGUUGUCUCUCCAACGUGAAUGUCUAAAAUGCAACACCAACCCACAAGAACCAAUGGAUAUCACAGUAUCAGGUUAGUCCCAAAAAUCCGCUGUGAUUUUUUUUUUUUUUUUGUCCUCUCUUCACUAUCGUUCGCAC